AUGUAUGCCUCAAGUGCAAAGGCUGUGUGGGAUGAUUUGCAUGAAAGGUUUGAUAAAGUGGCUGGUUCAAGAUCGUACAAUUUACAUAAAGAAAUUGCUACACUUAGUCAAGGAAUAGCAUAUGUUUCUGCUUAUUUUUCGAAACUGAAAGAUUUGUGGGAGGAAUUUGAAGCACUGGUUCCUGCACCUGAGUGUGACUGUCCAAAAUCAAGAGAGUUUGUUGUUCACUUGCAAAAAUUGAAGUUGUUUCAGUUCUUGAUGGGGCUAAAUGAUUCCUGCAGCCAGGCUAGAAGUCAAAUCUUGCUCAUGAGUCCAAUGUCAACGGUUAAUCAAGCAUAUGCCAUGGUGAUUAGUGAUGAGAGCCAGAAAUCAGUUGCAGCAAAUGCUGGCUUACUAGGAGCAAAUCCUACAUCUGGAACUAGUCUAUUUGAUAUGGCAAUGUAUACUAAAACUGGGGGAAAUUAUUAG